AUGGCUGAAGCAGGAGAGGUUCAUCAGGAAAGUCGAGCUAAAUGGCCAAUUAGUGCUGAUGAUUAUGAUCUUGAAGAAGUGAUUGGUCGAGGAGCUACAGCUGUUGUUCAAGCUGCUUCAGUGAAAAAAACUAAAGAGCGUGUUGCGAAAGAAAUACAAGUAAUGAGCCAAUGCCAACAUGAAAAUGUCGUACGAUUUAAUACGUCAUUUGUUGUUGGAGAAGAAUUAUGGCUGAUCAUGAAAUUAUUAGAUGGAGGUUCAUUACUUGAUGUCAUACGUUACACGAUGCAACGUGGUAAUUGUCGUAAUGGGGUACUCGAUGAAGUUGCUAUCGCAACUGUUUUACGAGAAGUUAUUAAAGGUUUAGAUUAUUUUCAUUCGAAUGGUCACAUUCACAGAGAUAUUAAAGCUGGAAACAUCCUAUUGGGUACUGAUGGUAGUGUGCAAAUUGCUGAUUGUGGCGUUAGUGCUUUCAUUGCAUCAGGUGGAGAUAUAACACGAGACAAACAACGACAUACAUUUGUUGGAACGCCUUGUUGGAUGGCACCUGAAGUUAUGGAACAACACCCGACUGGUUAUGACACCAAAGCAGAUAUAUGGUCUUUCGGUAUAUUAGCAAUUGAAUUAGCAACGGGUACAGCUCCUUAUCAUAAAUAUCCUCCAAUGAAAGUACUAAUAAUGACUUUACAAAAUGAACCACCUACGUUAGACAUGUGUGAAGAAGAUCGUGACCAAUAUAAACAAUAUAGCAAAACCUUUAGAAAGUUAAUUGAACAAUGUUUACAAAAAAAUCCUGCUGAUCGUCCAACAGCUAAACAACUAUUAAAACAUGAUUUCUUCAAAAAAGCUAAAGAUCGUUCUUACAUCGCAAAAUAUUUAGCAUUGAAAUUUCAAGAUCGAAAGAAAAUGGAAGAAAAAACAGUUAAUCGACGUAAACCAACUUCUGUACGUGCUGUACGUGUUAGUGACAGUGGAGAAUGGAAAUUUAGUAGUGGUUCAGACGAUGAAAAUACAAGUGGAAGUGAAACGCCAUCCAGUGAUGAUCCAUCACAUCAAAUAAAAAAAUCAGAAAAUGAAACAGUUAAAAAUAAGGAAGAUUUAAUUGAAAAAAAUGAACCGACAACCAAACCAAGUCAGUCAUCGAAUGAAGCACCAAUACCAAUGGCUUCAGAAGAAGUCACUGCUACAAUUAAAGAACUAACGAUUAAUGAUCAUCAAGUACUAAAAUUUACUCUGAGAAUACGAAAUUCACAAGGAGAUUUACAUGAUAUUAAAUUUGAAUUCAAUAAAGCAACUGAAACUGUGCCUGAUGUUGUUUCGGAAAUGGUGUCUGCUAGUCUAAUAGAUGAACGAGAUGCACAACCUGUUACUUCUACAAUGACGAAACUCGUGGAAACUCCAUCACUUAGUACUGCAACAUUUGCUCUAAAAUCUCAUGUCGAUCCCAAUCAACCACCUGAUGAUAAAUUACUUAUUGGCUUUGCUCAACUUUCUUUGAACACUUGA